AUGUUCAUUGAAUUUGAAGAACUGGGGAACGAACAUAUUCCGCGUUGUUCGCACAGUCGCAAAGUGCAUUUCCCAGAGGACGAUACUCAACUCGUCACUGGUUAUCACGAAGCACCGACAAACGCUUUUCAUUUAAAGCAAUGUCACGAUACGAUAACGAUUGCUGAUGCCUAUUUGAACGCUUGUAAAUUAGCGAACGUUCCGCCGAAUUCAUCCGUUGAGCACCAAAUUGCGCGCACUAAACUCACCACAAGCUGUGUAUCUCUGUUUCCAUCACAAGUACGAACCACCGUUUCAGGACAACGUCUCUCGCAGGCGCAUAUGGAAUGCCUAGAAGAGAUCUUCAAACGAGUACAAUUCGAUACGCUCGAUUUCGAGUAUACAUUCAUCGACGAUGAUGCUGCCGUUAGUCUGGCUGAGAUGCUGGAAUUUUACGACUCCACAGCAAAACUGAAUCUUUCAUUCAAUAAGCAAAUAAACAUUCGUGGAUGGCAAGCCCUUUUCAGGGCGAUCAAAAAUUGUCAUUCGCUACAAUUGCUCAAUUUGCGCUAUACGUCGUUAUCGGAUAAGGCGGUGCCGUUCCUUGCAAGAACGUUACGAACUCAGUCGACACUCACCACACUGCAUCUCGAGAAUGUCUCUUUGUCUGGUCGAAACCUCCUCCUUUUGGUAUGUGCGCUGAAAGUUAACAUCGUACUGAAAGAGCUUUAUUUGGGUGAGAAUAAUCUACAGCCAACCGAUGGUGCACAUCUGUAUCAGUUGAUCGUUGGCAGUACAUCUCUACAGAUGCUCGAUCUCAGAAAUAAUCAACUUCAGGACGGUGGCUUACGUCAUUUGUGUGAUGCACUUAGAAAUAAGGAAACAUUGGAGAAGAGUGCGCUGUCGGCACUCGUUCUCUGGAAUAAUCGCUUGACAAGCGGCAGUAUGGAUGCUCUUGCUGAUGCACUUUUAGAGAAUAGUAAAUUGGAAACGCUGAAUAUCGGUAGCAAUAACCUAUCGGUUGAGGGUAUUGUGGCGUUGAAGCGAGCAUUACUUGCGAAUUCUAGUCUUCAACGACUCGGUCUCCAAGCAACCAAUCUCGAUUGUCAAUCCGCGAUAGUGUUGGCCGAAUGUAUCGCCGACAACAAGGUGAUGGUGCGGAUUGAUCUACGCGAUAAUCUGCAGAUUGGUUCUGCUGGUCUGUUGGCGUUGCAUUUAGCCAUGAAAAUGAACACUUCAAUAACGUUACUUAAUUUGGAUUAUUCUUGUGCCAAAUCGAAUAGCGCAAAGGUGAAAGAAUAUCAUGAACAAUUCAAGUUGUAUUUCGAUGAAAUCAAAUCGUUUUGUGAUCGAAAUAAGCAAGCUGCACUCAAACGUCUUUCUGUGCAGUCGUCGGUCACUGAAAAUAAUCCCACUGAAUCGGAAUCCGUAGAAGAUGCACAGCGUACUAAGAACGAGCAGCAGGAGAAAUCAGAUGUUAACGAAACUACUGAAAAUCUGGUGGAAACGGCAGUACUGAAAUCAGAAAACGAUGUAAAUAGUAGCAACGAAGUGAAUGAGCGCCAACAGAAGCGAUCGCCACCUCCAUUGUGCAGACAGAAGAGUGUUGAGGUGCAGUCGAAUCGCAGUGUACCCCCCGUUUGGAAGUUCUCUCGAUCAUCCUCAUUGACAUGCACUGAACUUGUCGAGGAUAUCAAUGAGCGCAUCCUCCAAAUGAGUCGUUCUCGUGUGAUGUCUACAAAUGAAACUGGGGUGUCCGAAGAAACNAAUCUUAAUCCUGAACUUGGUAAAAGUCCCUCGUUGCCUGUACUACCGCUUCUGGCGAAUGCCACCGAUAGUACGACGACAAUCAAAAAGCCAUCUCCGAAUCGACGUUUCUCAGUUUCGCUAUCAACUCAUUCGAACAGCAAUCCCGAGUUACGUCGAUCCGUUUCACCUCGUUUCAAGGUUAUGCCAGUCACAUCCUCAUCUGCUCAUACACUCAGCCAAUCUACACCAGCAAUAACCAAGUCUGUUCAUGAAACAAAAGCGUCACCUUCCCAACACUACCCAUCCAGUGAUAUAUCAGCACUCCCGAAUACUCCAGUGUCAACAAACGCAUCUGCUGUAAACGGCACAUCUAAGAGAGAGCCAAAAAUUGUUCACAUUACAUCGAAAGAUGUCGAUGAAAAUGGCAAUUCAACUCUUCCAAUGGAUUUUCCGCCCUCUAAGCAAACUGAGCGAAGCUGCAACACGGUUAUAAGCUCGGAUGUCGAAAUCAACUCGGAAUCAACCGUGCCUCACGAUGGUUCAUCAACCGAAACAAAUUGUUCAGUGUCAUUUAACUCGCCAAUUACGCCAAACUCAGCUGAUGCCGUUGAUUCAAUGAACUACGACUCCAAUAAUAACAAUAAUGAUAGUAGCGAUACUAAUAAUAAUAGUAAUAAUAGUAAAAAAGAAGAUUCUCAAAAGGAACUCGAAAAUAUGGAAUGCGUUCAGGAGACUUUUAGUGUAAAGACAACGGUAUUCGAUGCAGAAUGUUCUCAUGAAGAUGUGCAGUUGCAUUCUAGAAAAGUGCAUUUUUCGGAAGUCGUCCCCGUUGAAAUCAUUCCACAAGCGACAACAACUGAGGAGAGGAAGAAACAGGUUAACUGUGACACCAACAGCGGAGGAUGCGAUACGACUGCUGCUGCGUAUGAUGUGCUUGAGAUGAACGAAAAAAAUAAUUGCAGACGCGACGACGAAUCACUUGAUUUGAAUCAGAGUGGUUCUGAGUCGGAACCGAUGCCCCAGGCAGCAACAGUGUUUCAUGCGGACGAGUGCUCACAAGAGUCUGUUGAUGAGCAACACAAGAAGCUAGCGUUUACGCUUGAUACGAACCCGUCAACAUCUGGGAAUGAGGCGGCGACGACAUGCUGUAGUGGUGAGAAUUGUGUGGAAAAGGGCGAUCAAGAUAACGCAACUGAUACAAUCAGUGAAUCGAGUGAUUUCGUUUUUGUGGUUGAUCAAAGCACAGAACAAGAAUCACUGCCAGACGGCUGCAGUAUUGAGGUAGUUCCAGAAUUGUUGCAUUCCUCGAAACACACGUCCAAUUCCACUGAUUGUGAUUGUUGUGGAACGUCGUCUCAGUCACAUUCACAAAACGUCACUUCAAAUGGAAGAAACUGUUUGCGAAAGUUAGAUCAAACUAUGACUUAUGCAUCUAUGAAAAGUGCAGAAGAAACAAAUGCUGUUGAUGGGUCAGCGAAACGCGAUAAAUGUAUAGCGAAUGUUGUAGAUGUGUCCAAUAAAAAGCCACCAGAUAUAGAUGUGAAUGAUGCGCAGCAUGAAUGCUUCACACUGAAAUGUGUCAAAAAUUGUGAUACAGAGAUGAGCUUGAACAGUGAACUAGUGGGAUGCGAAGUCAGUGGUGAGCAGUCGACAGCUGUCCUUCGAAAGUCAUCGGAAGACAGCAAAAAUAUUUGUGCCUGCUUAGGGAUUGAUAGAAACUAUGAAUAUGUUCCUGCUUCUCGGCAGCAAUCUGUUAGUACGGGCAAGGUUGAAAACGCGUCAUCAUCGCUAUCAGCAUCGCUGCCGUCUCCGAGCCAGAGGCUGUCUCGUUCAUCGAAAGGAGCACUGAACCUGUUAGUAGACGUGUCCGAUGAUGCAGUCGUUCGACGAGUUGUGCAAGACCUCGUUAAUUUCACUUCUUUUGAGAUGGGUGAUGAUGUUGGCUUUCGUAGUGCUGGAUCAAAGUCUCCGUCGCCUUCGCGCUAUAUGAUAAACGCAUCACAAACUGUUGCUUGCUGUACGCCAAGAAAUGCGAUCGAAGAAACAAGAGAUUGUUGUACGAACGAUCCAGAUAUUGAACGAGUGGUUCAUUGUGUUGUGCGAGGAUUGGUACGAGAUGUGCUGGUCAGCGAGAAGAGUGCGUUAUCGAGAAACUUGAGACGGAGACGUGAACGUCUGCACAAGUAG